AAAUAAAAUUAUUACAUUGUGUCGUCUAGUGUCGAACGCUUCGGUGUAGUCGGCGAUAUAUAGGAGCGUUAAAAGUAGGAGUUUUUCCUACAGUGUGUGUUGUGAAAAUGGGUUUAAAACAAUUAGUUUUGUUUGCCAGUGUGCUCGCUGUAGCUUUGGGACAAGAUUUCCGAGUGUGUACAACUACUGCAACUACAUCAGCCACCUGUGCAAGUCUGAGCAUCAAUGGCGGCCGGUUCAUGUGUGAACAUGUGGAGGCUAGGGUGGAAUGCGCAGACAAAUUAGUAAGGAACCAAGCAGAUGUCGCGUACUUCUCUCAAGAAGAAACUCUACUUCUGGCACAGCAGCAGCCGUCGGAGAACAGAGUAAUUGCCACAGUUAGGGAUGUUAGCAACAUGGGCCCCUAUGACUUCGAGGCGGUGGCGGUGGUUCCUAUAAACCACACCAACGGCUUGGAAGGCCUCCGCGGCGGAGUGUACUGCCACCCUGGUUUCGAUGAGAAGGACGCGAAGUGGUCUCCGAGAGUCCUCAAGACCCUUGAGCAACUGGCGGCUCGCACAGACAGGUGCCAGGAUGUGAACACAGCAGGCAAGACUGCUGAGGAGAUGGAGGUGGACACCCUGAGUAACUUCUUCUCAGCAGCCUGCCGACCAGGCACUUGGAGCAACAAUGACACCGUCGAUGCUAACCUGAAAUCCCGCUAUUCAUCUCUCUGCAGCCGUUGUGGACCUGACGCUAGCUGUUCCCGAUACACCCUGGACAUGGGAGUAGGAGUAGCUGGAGUCAGGAAUGAUAACCGCCACAUUCAAGCUUUGGAGUGCCUCAGAGUCAAUAGUAAUGCUACCAACACCGCUGUGGCGUACGUCGCUUGGCAACACGUCAGGGAAUUCUUUACUACUCGCAACCCCAAUGACGCCCCAUCCUAUGCGGUGCUAUGCCCCAAUGGUACGCUUGCCCCUCUUACCACCGACACGCUGAACAACGCUAUCUCACCAUGUGCCUUCGUCCGUCAACCAUGGGGCACCAUUGUGGCUUCUACAGCAAACGCAGAAGCCGUUUAUCUGGCUUUGAGAAGCGCUUGGCCGGCUGGCUCCUCCCCAAGCGGCUCUUGGCAGGCCACUCUAUUCACCAUGCUCGCUGGUGGUGCCAACGCCAGGGUGGUGUAUGAGGAUGCUCCUGUAUCGCCAUUGAAUUACACUUCAUCAAUUCGUACGAUCAGCAGUGCUGAAGCCAGUGCAUCCUGCAUGCCUGCCCGCCGCUGGUGCACCAUCUCCGCUGAGGAAGACACCAAGUGCAACUGGGUGCGAUCUGCAGCUCAUGUUCUGGGUAUCCAGCCGGCUAUAACCUGUCUGAGAAGGAACACGAUCCUGGACUGUCUCUCCGACAUCAAGGCUGAGCAAGUGGACUUCCUCGCCAUCCCCACCACCUACGGCUACUUAGCUAGACAACACUACCAGCUGACACCAGUGAAACUGAUCCAGAACCAACCGAUCAACGCGACCAGGAUCGCUGCUUUCGUCAAGGAAUCGUCUGUCGUCUCCGGCAACGUCUCCCGCUUCGAGAACCUGCGAGACAGGAACGCCUGCUUCCCUGAAUUCGGUGGAUUAGCUUAUGUGUCGUUUGUGAGGACUGGACAUGAGAGGGGUAUUCUGUCGACCUCUGAAUGUGACUACGCGAGAGUAGUUGGCGAGUACUUCGGCGGAGCUUGUGCCCCCGGCGCUAUCGACGCUUCCUUUGCUCUGUCUGACUCUUCGAGUUUCAACUCAUCCAGACUGUGUACCGCUUGCCGAGCCACGCCCGGUAUGAUCGACAUUCCUGACCCGGUCUGCUCCUGGGACUAUGCGUCGAACAGAUACUUCGGUAACAACGGCACCAUCGCCUGCCUGGCUGAUCCAGCCAACGAUGUAGCAUUCUUGAACAUCAGGAAUAUGCGAAGCUACAUUCGCUCCCUGCAGCUGGAAGAGACCCAGUUCCGCGCCCUGUGCCGCAACAACUCGCUCGCGUUGCGCACCGGUAUCGAGAUCGAUGAUGGAUGUCUGCUAUCUCUCGUUUUCGACAGUGAAAUCGUUGUUCGAAGAAGCGACCCAUACUACAACAGCCUGAGCACUCUCAUGGAUUCCCUCGACACCUACUUCGGAUACAUAGCAGCCAAUGGAAACCAGUUAAUCAACAUAGAAAUUUACUCGCCAUUCAACGGGGUAUCCCACUUAUUAUUCAGAGACACUGCCAUCAGUUUGGCCGAACCUGUGAGGAACCCUGAGUUAAUAGGGGCCACUAAUUACAUGGAUCUAGUGAGCCACUUGCAAACUUGCACGGGCACCACGCCUCCUGUACCUGGGCAUGCGAAUCGCAGCGUAUAUUCCUUUAUCACAUUAUUCGUCAUGGCUCUAGUGACGAGAUUCGUUGUCUAUUAAAACAAUUUUCAGUGUGUAUCCGAACGCACCUUUUUUAGUUUUUUUUAAGCUUUUUUUGACAUUGACAUUGACAGUUGUUUUGGCGGGAUUUUUUAACGAUUUGUUUUUAUUUUUCCUGUGUGUGUAUUUUGUAUUGAUUUUCUAAAUCAAGUUCUUUUUUGUUAAGUAAUGAAGAAAUAUUAGACACGUAUUUUUUUGUUUUGUCGUAUAAGAUAACAAUACUUAGAUACUUAAAACGAAUCAAAGUUUAGGAGUGGAAGCAAAUAUAAUGAGUGUCAUCGGAGUACAUAGAAGAGUCGUCAUGCAAUAUUUCAAAUCGAUAUAACUUCGAAAGUAUUUGUUUCCGUAAGAAAAUAAAAAAUACGUGUCUAAUGUUUUAAAAUAAUCUACAAGACGGACAUUGAAAUAAAAAUUAGUCAUCUACCCCUAUUGUGCAAAUCUACUUACUACAGAAUUUAACGAAUUAUAGUUAUUAUUUUUACUUUCAUAUAAGAACAGUAUUCAAUUAUUAACAUAUCCUAAAUACUAAUUGCCGUACUCAGAGUCAUUUAAUGGUUACUUAACCCAGUCCUUAGCAAUUCUUUUCGAUACAAAAUCGUUACUAAGGAAUAGUUUAAGUAAUCAUUAAAUGUCUCUGAGCGCUACAGUUAGUUAGGUAAGUAUUAUUUUAAAUAUUUUUUCGUACAAAACUUAUGAAAUAAACAUUUUUGAACUUUAAAUAAGACUAGCAAACUGAUUUUCUCUGUUUUCUCUUGAAUUUUUUCCUGAAUUUUCUUUGCUAUAAACUAGAGUCCGACCGAAACUGGUUUUCCAGCCGAAACCGAAACCGAAACCGAAUAUUCGGCCGUGGCUUUAGUUUCGGCCGAAACCGAAACCGAAACUCACGUGGUCAUGUAUCGAUUAAUCUGCAUUAAUUAUUAAUUAGGACAUGAAAUGGAAACAGUAUAUUAAUUUUCUUGUAAUGAUUUAUUAUUUAAUAUAGUAUAGAAAAAUAUUAAUAAUAUUUUUAUUAUUUUUUCAAAUAAAGUUGUCAUAGCAAAAUGUUUAUUAGUUAUGAAUAAUCAAAUUACGGCGCACGACAAUUCCCGAACAUGGCCGCCAGCGGCCGCCAAAGCGUUGCUGCGAGAAACGACGUUAGGCGAGCGUGCACGACAACUUCCGAAAUCAGUUUCGGUUUCGGCAAAAAUUUCGGCCAAUUUUGGCCGAAACCGAAAUUGUUGCCGAAACUUGAUUUUUGGCCGAAACUCGGCCGAAACCGAACUUUCGGUCGGACACUACUAUAAACCUCAUGGAGCCCGAGACCUUUCCAACGAAUGCAAAACCGUGGAAAUCGGUUCGUGCGUUCUGGAGUUAUAGCGUCAGUAAGGAAAACCCGACUUAUUUUUAUAUUAUAACUAUAAGAUUAUUGGUAAGAAAAGAUAUAUUUUUGUAGCUAAAAUCCUCCGAUUUCUUCAAUAUUAUUGUAUGUAUGUAUGUAUAACAAAUUAGGUAGUAUAGUGAAAUGUAAUUUAGAUUAAGCUAACAGCGUUACCAUUGAAUUCGUUUGUAUUUUUUGUGAAUAAAAUUAAAACAUUUUUUAUUAAAA